AUGCCCUUGGACCCUAUGGCCCUGGAAGUUCAAGAGUUCCUAGCGACCGUAGCUGCAUGGAAAACACAACAAGAAAAACGAAGGCGCAAGCGAGAUCUUCUAACAUGCAAUACAUCUUACGAUCCCCCACCUCUUGUCCCGCGAGUGUGUUUCACCAACUCCACGAAGUCCCUACCUGAAGAGUUCGACUUGUUGGAAGGAGGAGAACAACUUGGAUUCUGGAGAAAGUCGGAUCUCAGUGAUCGAGCCCGAAGUGACCAAGCUUUCCUCGAUGCCGCAAUCAUGAACGUACCUGCCCGCAUAGUGGCUGACACUGGCGCCAACCUCAGUGUUAUCCAUAGACGAAUGGCAGAACGUUUAAACUUGAAGGGGGACACAUCCAAACGAAUUGGUAUCAAUGGUCUCGGUCCGAACAGUGUCAGCACCUUUGGCAUGGUGACAAUCAAGCUUACCAUCGCGCGCAGCAUUGUAUUUAUCUUCAGCUUGGCAGUGUGUGAUAUCGGGCCUGUGGAGUUUGAAAUGAUACUCGGGAUGGAUUUCAUGUCCAAGGCUGGCUUCGUCAUCGAUACCGGCAAUCGAGAAAUUCAGCUUCCAGAUGGAGAGUACGUCCCUCUACUCACAGAAGGUAUCAAGUACGAAACCUCGUUUCUCUCUUACGUCAAACUACGAUACACUAUGGAACUGGGCGCUGGUGAAUUUAUGACGAUGGACCUCCCCAAACUCAACGAUGCUCCAGUCAGUGGUGUGGAAUACUGGGUGGAUCGUUCAGCACGGUGGGUUCCCUCGAUGUGUGCAGACUCGCAUGGUGUUCCCUGUGCAUACAAAGUGACCAACAUCAGCAACAAGCUUCUCACUCUGUCAGCGGGGACUAUCAUUGGGGCCGUGGCCCAGGUUGGUGUACGACCACUGAAUUCUCGCAUGGUCCGCACAACGAGCAAUCGAUACAAGGAGUGGCAAGUUGAUGUGUGGGAAGGGAGUGUGUCCUGCAAAAUCCAACGAAUGCUAAACCAAAUGAGACACUUCAACCAAGCGUACGAACCCCCCUCCCCCCUCCCCCCUCUGUCGUGCACCCUUCAUAUCCGAGACCUACGCGCAUCCUACGAAGGGGAAAUCAAGAAGGCUCAGCUCCGCUUCCAUCGAUAA